GAGAAAACCCUAAAUCCCCAAAUCGGAAACUUAGAUUUCGAUUCGAGCGUUGCAGAUGGCGUCAUCGUCUUCUCCAAGUGGUAGCGGUUCCGAUUUAAGCGAGAGAAGAGGGAUUCCCGCCGCGAAAUUCAUCCAAGACGUAGAGACUUAUCUCUCUCAAUCCGGAUUCGAUUCGAACUCUGCUCUCGCUUUCCAUCAAGAAAGGCUUCAGCAAUAUAAAGUUGUUGAGAUGAAGCUUCUUGCCCAACAAAGAGAUCUUCAGGCUAAGAUCCCAGAUAUUGAGAAGUGCUUAGAGGUUGUUGGCACUUUGGAAACAAGGAAGGGUACUGGUGAGUCGCUUCUAGCCGAUUUUGAAGUGUCUGAAGGAAUAUAUUCACGGGCCUGUAUUGAGGACACAGACUCAGUCUGUUUGUGGUUGGGAGCAAAUGUCAUGCUGGAAUAUUCCUGUGAAGAGGCUACAGCCCUUCUGAAAAACAAUCUGGAAAAUGCUAAAGCCAGCCUGGAGGUUCUUGUCGCUGAUCUACAGUUCUUGAGGGAUCAAGUCACAGUUACUCAGGUAACUAUAGCGCGUAUUUAUAACUAUGAUGUUCAUCAAAGGAGGGUUAAACAAGUUACCCCUAGUGCUAUUGCUACUGCAGACGCAUGAAUCACAGUUUCAAAUUACAAUCGUUAAAUGGAGUUAUUAUGAUAUAUGCAACACGGUUGUUUGUAACUCUGAUUUUUGCUGCCCAUAUGAAGUUUUGUUUCUGCAAUGAACAUAUGAAUAGAACAUUAGCAUUGUGUCAUCGUCUCCUAUUGUAUUUUUGGAGUUUUGAGAUUUAUUUGUGUUUGUUUACAUUUAAGAUGUGAAAGGUGUGUCAAACUAUUUGCAGAGCCUGGUGGUCUUGACACUUGAUCAAUGUUCUACU